AGAGCCAAUCUCUGAGCCUCUCUGCGUUCGCCGCACCCCAGCUUUCAGGUCAUCGAUCGGCCAUGGCAGUGGUGGCUGUCCGCCGUCCAUCAGAUUUUCCGGAGGCGGACCUGAAUCGUCAGCUAUGCAUGGCAAGCUCUCGCAGAACACGCAGACCACGGCAGGUGCCUGCAGAUUGGACUGUAUGCGAGUAUGAAGCUGAAAAGGAUUGGGUCCUUUGUGAUCGAGUUGAUGCAAUUGCAGCUGAGAUGUCUGAACACCUCAGGCUGAAUUCAAAGGUCGAGGAUUUGCCAACCAGCACAAAGGGUGCCGACUACAUGGAAGUCGACCCGAGUACAAAAGAGGCCACCAUGCGAUUCGCGGAGAUGCUUGAAGAGUGUCUCGAGGACUGCACGCCAGCCAAUAAAGAUCGCCCGAGACAAAGUUCGAAGGAGCCAGUGAAGCGGGAGAUGACACGGGCGGCGCGGAAAGCUGCGUGGCGUGCCACCCAGAAGGAGGAAGAGAAGCAAGGUCUGGAUCAGGACAUUGAAGACUGGAAAACGCACAAAGCCAGGCGGAACCGAAAUUGAGGUGAGACGAGGUUCUGUGAGCGCUUUCCCUGACUUUUGAAGUUCUUGUAUUGCGCUAUGUGUAAGUCACUUGAUUUGACUCCAACAGCAUCAUUCCAAGCCAUUGUGCGACAGUGCAAUCAAUUUCAAGGAGAGUCAGCCCAGUGGCAUCGAAUUCAUGCAAGGCGCAGUCUAGCUGCUGCAAGCAGUGGACAGGUAGGGCCAAAACCACCCUGAGGGUUUUGCUUGCAGCCUUUUUAGAGCCUUGUUGCAAUUCUCUGCAAGACAGCUCGCAAUGGGCUGUUUGUGGACUGGACCUUGGCCGAGCCUGCCCGAAUGCGUGGCAACUCUUCCGACAAGGAGUCAAGAGACCUCGAGUCAGGCUCCACGCCAUCCGUGCACGCGUUCGGCAUCGCGCAUCAAAUUUGGUGAGUGAGCAGGGCAAUGGCAUCACCAAUAAAACCCAGUGGAAAAUCAAGAGCCAUUUGCGCUUCCUUUGCCAAACUGAUGAUGAUUUGGCAAUUUACGUGCGU